AUGUUCGUACCACAACAAGCAUCCCAGUCUCAUAUCUCAUCUUCAAACCAAUUAUACACCACACCAGAAGUAUGGUCAUUCCUCCAGGAGACAGGCAUUGAGUACGAUAAUUCCAAGGCUGAAGGCCUGGACUUGGGCCCUGAUACCCAACAAAUCCGCGCUCUCUUCGGCUGCCAAAUUCAGUACGGGCCUCUUUACAUAUUACAUCCAUUUGACCUACAACAUCUAAGGCCUGGAGGGUCUUCAAUGCUGCCCGUGGUCAUGUCGAAGUACCGACAAAAGUUGGAAGAGGAACCACUGUGGGUGUACACGACAUCCCACGGCGAUCAUGCUAUUGUGAAAAGCUUAAUAACGAAGAGGUUAUCGGGAGCUGUUUGGAGGGCAGCAAAAGACUUGGGGUUUUCUAUGGAUGGCCCAAAAGGGACUGUCAUUAUAAAGAUAUUCGACGCGUUGCGUGUCAGUCAAGCUCCGGCCCACAUUCUCGGGGAGGCGGUAGCAAAGGCAGUGCAGAGAAGGUGGCAGCAACACUUGCGCGAAAUCGCCAAGAAGACAGGACCGCCGACGGCUUCGGAGAAAAAACGGUAG